UGAGACAGCCGGCGAAGAUGAAGACCAUCCUGUCCUCGCAGACGAUGGAUAUCCCUGAGGGCGUCACUGUGAAGGUGAACGCUAAGAUCGUGGAGGGGGAGGGCCCGCGUGGCAAGCUCACCCGCGACUUCAAGCAUCUCAAUCUCGACUUCGAGCUCAUUGAGGGCGGGAAGAAGCUGAAGGUGGACGCUUGGUUCGGAUCUCGGAAGACUACGGCCGCCAUCCGCACCUCCUUAAGCCACAUUGAUAACCUGAUCACGGGGGUCACAAAGCCCAUUUUGUUCCUCGUCGUCCUCUUCCUCGUCCCGUUCGUGGUACAAUGCUCCUGCUUCGAUCUCAUCGCCUCCUCUCCUCCACCUCCGCCUUCCUCUCCUCUUAUAAGGCUGCCAUCAAGACCUCUCGCCUCGCUCCCCUCGGCCUCCGCGCUAUGGCUGCCUACAGCGCCGCCGCCGCGUCGCCCUCCAGGCUUCUUCUCCGGCAACUAUUCGAGAAGGAGUCGUCCACAUAUACUUACCUCCUCGCCGAUCUCGCACACCCGGACAAGCUUGCUGUGCUGGUUGAUCCGGUAGACAAAACAGUGGAUAGAGAUACAAAUCUUGUUAAAGAACUGGGUUUGAAACUUAUCUAUGCUAUGAAUACUCAUGUGCAUGCUGAUCAUGUGACAGGUACAGGUUUGAUAAAGAAAAAGGUGCCUGGAGUAAAGUCUGUGAUAUCUAAAACAAGCACUGCACAAGCAGAUCAUUUGGUUGAUCAUGCUGAUAAAAUAUAUUUUGGUGACCUUUUUUGGAGGUAG